AUGUCGUUCUUCAAAAACCUCAAAAAGGACUUUGAGGGCCUCGGUCUGGGCGACAAGGACAAGGACAAGCACAGCGAAGGAGAAGCCUCCCGCGGCUACUACGACCAAGGCGGCUACAGCCAGCCCCCGCCGCAGCAACACUACGGCUCCCCCGCCCCUCAACAGGGCUACGGCGGCCCGCCGCAAUACGGCCAGCCCUACGGCCAGCCCCCGCCCCAGCACUACGGCUCCCCGGCGCCUCCCCAACAGGGCUACGGCCAGCCUCCGUACGGCCAACCACAACAACACUACGGGUCGCCUGCUCCCCCCCAGGGCUACGGCGCCCCCCCGGCGCCGCCGCCGCCCGGCUUCGACCCGGCCCCCCUGCCCGCCGGCUGGUACUGCCACUGGGACGCGUCGCGCAACCGCGCCUACUACGCCGAGCCCGCGACGGGGCGGACGCAGUGGGAGACGCCUGGGUUUGGUGCGGAUGCGGCGCGCGGCGGGCCGCCAGGCGGCGGGUUCUACAACGAGUACGGCAACGCGGCGCCGCCGGCGGGGUACGGCCAAGGGUAUGGGCAGCAGGGGGCGCACGGCGCGAACCAGCAGGAGUACUAUGGGGAUGUGGAGAAGAAGGAGAAGAAGGAGGGGCAUGGGACGGGGGCGAUGGUGGCGGCGGCCGGGGCGGGGGUGGUGGGAGGCGCGGUGUUGGGGGCUGUCGUUGCCCAUGAGAUGACGGAGGAUUCGGAUGACGAGAAUGCUCGCGCUGCGCCGCCGCCGGCGCAGGACUCGGGCUACUAUGACCCCGUCCCGCCGCCGACGGACGACUUGCCUGAUGAGACGCGCUCUGGCGGCUCUGUCUCGAGUAGCGAUAAGGAGGAAUUGGAGGAGGCGCGCGAGGCGUAUGAGGAGGCUUACGAGGAGGCCUACGACGACUAA